GGGAGUCAGUGGCUGCGAGGGCGUGGAGGAGGCCCGGCCAGGCGCUGGGUUGAUCCCAAAAGAGGCUGCUCCUCUGGGGCAGCUGUGCCUGUUCCCUCGGCGGUGGCCAGUAGUUCCAGCUAUGUGGAGGAGAUGUACUUCGCCUGGCUGGAGGAUCAUAAAAACGUCCACGAGUCCUGGGACACGUUCUUCCGUAACAUGCAGGCCUCCAGUCCGUCUGGCGAGGCGGGAGAGAGACACCCCUCUGCUCUGCUCCAGGGCCGAGUGCUGUCCCACUCACCAGACAUGGCACAGAAAGUGGUGGAGGACCACCUGGCUGUGCACACUCUCAUUAGAGCCUAUCAGAUUCGUGGUCACCAUGUUGCCCAGUUAGACCCUUUGGGAAUCCUGGAUGCUGACCUCGACUCCUUUAUUCCCUCUGACUUGAUCACCACCAUCGAUAAAUUAGGUUUCUACGGUCUUGAUGAGUCUGACUUGGACAGGAGCUUUCAGCUGCCCUCCACCACCUUCAUCGGAGGAGGAGAGACCACUCUUCCUCUAAGAGAGAUCAUACGCAGACUAGAGAUAUCCUACUGUGGUCACAUAGGAGUUGAAUUCAUGUUCAUUAACAAUGUGGACCAGUGUCAAUGGAUCCGUCAGAAAUUUGAGACUCCAGGAAUCAUGCAGUUCACUAAUGCUGAGAAGAGAACUUUGCUAGCCCGCCUGAUCAGAUCCACACGGUUUGAGGACUUCCUGGCCAGGAAGUGGUCAUCAGAGAAACGUUUUGGUCUGGAGGGCUGUGAAGUUCUCAUCCCUGCUCUUAAAACUAUCAUUGACACGUCGAGCGCUGCAGGCAUCGACAGUGUGAUCAUGGGGAUGCCACAUCGUGGUCGACUGAAUGUCUUGGCCAAUGUUAUCCGUAAGGAGCUGGAUCAGAUCUUUUGCCAGUUUGACCCUAAAUUGGAGGCUGCUGAUGAGGGCUCAGGGGAUGUCAAAUACCACCUUGGGAUGUACCAUGAGAGGAUUAACCGUGGGACAGACAAGAACAUCACGCUGUCACUCAUGGCGAACCCCUCCCACCUGGAGGCAGUAGAUCCAGUGGUUCAGGGCAAGGCCAAAGCUGAGCAGUUCUACAGAGGGGACACUCAGGGGAAAAAGGUAAUGUCUAUCCUGAUGCAUGGUGACGCUGCUUUUGCUGGACAAGGAGUUGUGUAUGAGACCUUCCACCUAAGCGAGCUCCCUUCUUACACCACACAUGGUACGAUCCACGUGGUGGUCAACAAUCAGAUUGGCUUCACUACUGACCCUCGUGUGGCCCGCUCCUCUCCUUACCCCACUGAUGUGGCUCGGGUUGUGAAUGCACCCAUCUUCCAUGUAAAUGCCGAUGACCCCGAGGCUGUCAUGUACGUGUGUCGGGUGGCUGCAGAGUGGAAGACCACCUUCAACAAGGAUGUUGUCAUUGACCUUGUUUCUUACAGACGGUUUGGCCAUAAUGAAAUGGACGAGCCCAUGUUCACCCAGCCACUGAUGUACAAACAAAUCCGUCGACAGGAGCAUGUGCUGAAAAAGUACUCUGACAAGCUCAUUGCAGAAGGAGUGGUGACACUGCAGGAAUUUGAGGAAGAAGUUGCCAAAUAUGACAAGAUAUGUGAGGAAGCAUACACCAGCUCCAAGGAUGAAAAGAUCUUAAACAACCGACACUGGCUAGACUCCCCCUGGCCAGAUUUCUUCACAGCUGAGGGAGAACCCAAGAGCAUGAGCUGCCUCCCUACAGGAUUGGACGAGGAGGUCCUGCAGCACAUUGGCCAGACAGCCAGCUCAGUGCCUCUGGAAGAUUUUAAGAUCCACCCUGGUGUGUCUCGGAUCUUGCGUGGUCGGGCUGACCUGGUGAAGAAUCGGCAGAUGGACUGGGCUCUGGGAGAGUACAUGGCCUUCGGCACACUUCUCAAAGAUGGAAUCCAUGUGCGACUCAGUGGGCAGGAUGUAGAGCGGGGCACCUUUAGUCACCGUCAUCACGUUCUGCAUGACCAAGAGGUGGACAAACGUAUCUGUGUUCCCAUGAACCAUCUGUGGCCCAACCAGGCUCCUUACACUGUCUGCAACAGCUCUUUAUCAGAGUACGGAGUUCUAGGUUUUGAACUUGGCUUUGCCAUGGCCAGCCCUAAUGCUCUGAUCCUCUGGGAGGCCCAGUUUGGAGACUUUCACAACACAGCCCAGUGUAUCAUUGACCAGUUCAUCAGUUCAGGCCAGGCCAAGUGGGUCCGCAACAAUGGCAUUGUCCUACUGCUGCCACAUGGGAUGGAAGGAAUGGGUCCUGAACAUUCAUCAGCCAGACCUGAGCGCUUCCUGCAAAUGAGCAAAGAUGACCCUGAUCACUUCCCUGAGUUCAUUGGAGAUUUUGAAGUCCAGCAGCUGAACGACUGCAACUGGAUCGUGGUCAACUGCUCCACGCCUGCCAACUACUGUCAUGUUCUCAGACGCCAGAUUAUGCUGCCAUUCAGAAAACCGUUGAUUAUUUUCACUCCCAAAUCUCUGCUGAGGCACCCCGAUGCAAGGUCCAGUUUUGAUGACCUCGCCAAUGGUACUAAAUUCAAGAGGUUGAUUCCAGACAUGGGAGCUGCCAGUCAAAGCCCUGGCCAAGUGAAAAGGGUGAUCUUCUGCACUGGUAAAGUCUACUAUGAACUGGCUAAAGAGAGGAAACUGCAAAACCUGGAGAAAGACAUUGCCAUCAUCAGACUUGAACAGAUCUCUCCAUUCCCAUUUGACCUGGUCAGAGCAGAGGUCGAAAAAUAUGCCAAUGCUGAGCUGAUCUGGUGUCAGGAAGAGCACAAGAACAUGGGUUACUAUGAUUACGUCAGGCCACGUUUCCUCACAGUGGUGGCCAACAAGAAACCAGUUUGGUAUGUGGGACGAGACCCUGCAGCCGCUCCUGCAACAGGGAACAAGUCCACCCACCUCAAUGAGCUGAAGAGGUUCAUGGACACAGCUUUCAACCUGGAUGCCUUCCAGGGGAGGGACAUGUGAUGGAUCCCUGGAACAUGAGGCAAACUGGAGGUGCAUUUUCAUCUCCGACCACCAUGGGCUAUUUAUUAAGAUGAACAGCUCUUUCAAAUUUUUGACAAUCUGGAGUAUAGUCUAGU